GCGGCAGUGGUACCACCGGUUAUGCCAGUGUGAGUCAUGCCCGGCGCAGGGCUGAGUCACCGCCAGAGCGGCGUGAACAUCAGGCCAAGAGCUUUCUCAGACCCAUGUCCCGGUGACGCCAGCAGCGUGACUUCUCACUGCCUUUAGGGAGGGACCAACCAAACGCCACCGGGGACCAUCUAGAGGUUCCAGCUGCCUGUCGUGUUUACGAGUGGCAGAACAGCUCCAGCACGCCCAUCCUCUCGCCACUGCACCCAGCAUGGCAGCGUAGAGCUGGGGGCAGAUGGACGGGGUGCAGCGGGAUGAGCCCUGCCCUGACCCUGCUUCUGUCACUGGCCAGCUGCACCCUGCUCCGGGGCACGCCAUUGCCUCCGCGAGACGUGAGGCUGGAGGCACAAAAUUUCCACGUCCGCCUGCGGUGGGAGCCAGACCCUGGCUCACCCAGCGGUGCCUCGUACCAGGUGGAGUGGAGGAGACGAACCUCUCGCUGGACCAAGGUGGAUACCUGCUGGGGGAACAGCACCAGCUCCUCCUGGGCAUGUGAGCUGUAUUUUGACAAGAUCCACGAUAUCUACUGGGCAAGGGUGAGAGCGGUGGCCGGAGACAAGCUGUCUGAGUGGGCCUAUUCCAGCGAGCUGCAGCUGUACAGAGACACAAUUGUGGGCCCCCCCAAGUUGUCUUGGCUGCUCCAGGGUCACAUCCUCAACGUAAAUAUCAUCAUGCCACUCACUCCCUACCGAAGCACAAAUGGCUCUUACAAGCCAGUCGACCAAGUGCUGCUGAAGCUGUGGUACUGGCUGAAUCUGUACGAAGGGGAUGUGCUUGUCCAGCAAGUGCCCUGCAAAUGGAGCAGGGAGGAAGCCCCAUGUACUUUCAGAUACCUGAAGCCCAGCACGCAGUAUUGUGUCCGGACGGCAGCCACAGGCAUGGUUGGGGAGCAGAGCCAGGAGGCCGAGCAGUGCAUGGUGACUCCACCAGGCCCCGCAGGUUUUCCCUGGGUCCUCCUUGCCGUGCUGAGUGGCAUCUUCCUGCUGCUGAGCAUGGCCGGGCUCUGCUUCGUCCAGCUGCACGUCUUCCCCAGCCCCUCGGAGACGCUCCUCCCGAAAACACUUGCUCUCCUGAACAGGGACCCGAGCGUGACCAUCAGGGAGCCCACCCUUGAGCUCAAGGAGGACUCGCUCACCCUGCUCCUGCCAACUGUGCUACCCUCCUGCCAGUUGCCUGCAGGCGAGCAGACAACACCCACAGUCCAGCUGCUCGUCAGAGAAAGCCUUUCCCAGGACAUGAAUGGCUACUGUGCCAAUGGGUUUGGGCCAGACUGCCACGAGGGAAGGGACCCGUCCUGCACCCACAGCCAGCUGGGGCAUGCCUUGGGCUCCCAGGUCUCAUUGCGGCUGGAGGAGGAUGGGGAAGUGUGUGAUGGGGAUGAUGUGCUGGAGCAGCCAGUGCUGGUGGGACUGACCAGAGACAGCUACACAGGUGACAGGGACUACCGGACAUCGGAGAUGUGGCUCCCCCUGCAUCUCCAGCUUCAUUCUAAAUGCCAGUGCCCAGCCCUGGGAGUGGGCAGUUGGCUACCUCUGCCCACACCAGGCAGGAGCUUCAGCCAGGAGGACUUGCGGGAGAGCCUUGGCAUGGCAAGGCACUGGGUACUGCUCAGCUCCGUGAAGCUGCCGGCCAGUGAGGAGGAGGAUGGAGGGCAGCUCGUCCAUGCUGUCCAGCCCCUGCAUGGCCUUGGGACUGAGCCACAGCCAGGUGACAGCACCGUGCAGCAGGUUGACUUGGAGCAGGCAGCACUGGGUGUCCCCAGCCCUUGCCAGCUGCCCCAAUUGUCCCCUGACAUCCGACAGGCAGCUGCCUUCUCUGGCUAUGAGCUGCGUCCCCCAGCUGACAGUGAGCCAUAGCAUGCAGGCGGGGGCACACCGGGAGCUCCUGGCACCCAGAUCACAGCACCAAGCAGAGCUCGAGUUGCUGCCCGGAGCUGCCCCAGCCAUGAUGGCUGCCUGCUCAGACCUGCCUGUGCCUUGCUGGGGACAGGACUGGGGCAGGCUCCUGUGCGGGCAGGCACAGGCAUGCUCCAGGUACAGCUG